AAUAUCUUAGUUUCAAAUUACAAAAAAUCUAACUAGCAAGCUACACAUUGUGUCAAUACAUGGAAGAGAACAACGUUGUUUUGUUGGAUUUCUGGCCAAGCUCAUAUGGAAUGAGAGUGAAAAUCGCGUUGGAAGAGAAGCGAGUUUCAUAUGAAUGUAGACAAGAAGAUUUUCAAGCUAAAAGCUCUCUCCUUUUAGAGAUGAACCCGGUUUACAAAACGAUUCCGGUUUUGGUUCAUAAUGGAAAAUCCAUAUGUGAAUCACUCAACAUUGUUGAGUACAUUGAUGAAGCUUGGAACCACAAACCUUCUCUUUUGCCCUCUGACCCUUACAAACGAUCCAUAGCCAAAUUUUGGGGAGAUUACAUUGACAAACAUGUAUACAGCAUUGGAAAGAAGGUGUGGACAGGAAAGGGUGAAGAACAAGAAGAGGGUAAAAAGAAGUUUAUAGAAUGCUUGAAGACACUAGAACAAGAGCUUGGAGACAAGCCAUAUUUUGGUGGAGAGGACUUUGGAUAUGUUGAUGUGGCUCUUAUUCCCUUCACAAGUUGGUUUUACACCUAUGAAACAUAUGGGAAACUAAGUAUAGAGGAUGAGUGUCCUAAGCUUGUGAGUUGGGUGAAGAGGUGUAUGGAAAAGGAGAGUGUGGCGAAGUCACUUCCUCACCCUCACAAAAUCUAUGGUUUUGCAAUGCAAUAUAAACAAAAUCAUGGGCUUGAAUAGACAUUGUUGUGGAUUGGAUGGAAAAUUUGGAGAAUAAUUAAGCACAAAGUAAAAUAAGUUAAUUAUGCUGUCUUGUAAUAAGUCAAUAAGGCAUUGUCACCUAUUAGUUACUUUUAUAAUGCAUCAAUUUUUUUUUAAGAAUAUGUUAUGAAUUUAAAAUUGAUUUUGGAAUAUUUGGUAGCUCGCUCUCGAUUAAAAUUAACUUUGUGCCUUGUAAUUUAAAAUUAGUAUAUGUACGUAAAAUAAAAAUAAACUAGUAUAUGUCGAUUUCAAACAUGAAUUUUACAG